AUCAUCACGUGACUAUAAAUUGUUGUGUCACAUGGUAAGAAAAUGGCGUUUUCCUGCAUGCAGAUUGUUUUGAUGGUGGGAAUGCUUGUGACAGGGAGUAUAAAUACAUUAAGCAAAAAAGCACAGAAUGACUGCAUAGUGAAAGGUUAUCCAGAUAAAUCAAAGAACAACACUGCUGAGCCUCAUGAGUUCAACCAUCCUUGGUUUCAAACCCUCAUUAUGUUCAUUGGUGAAACAAUUUGUUUGAUUGGCUUUGUGAUAGUCAGAAAAAGAGAAAGAGAUAAAAGGAAAAAUGAGUUUUCAGUCACUGCUUUGGAUGAACUCCCAAAACAGUUCCAAAAUAGACUAGUACAGUUGGUGGUAGCUUUCCCCACAGUGUGUGAUCUUAUUGGUACCUCUCUAGCUGGCAUUGGUUUGGUGUAUGUUGAUGCCUCAGUCUGGCAGAUGUUGCGGGGCUCCAUUAUUAUUUUUGCAGGGAUACUUUCAAAAAUCUUCCUGAAAAGAAAGUUGCGUGCUAUUCAUUGGAGUGGUAUGCUGGUAACAAUGUGUGGUCUAGUGCUGGUUGGGUGUUCCAGUGUCUUCAAGGCCAAAUCCUCCUCAUCAGGAGGAUCUAAGACACUGCUGGGUAUUGCAUUGAUCCUUGGGAGUCAGAUGGUCAGUGCCACUCAGAUGGUGAUAGAGGAGCUGUUUCUGAAGAAGAGGAGUCUCCACCCCCUCCAUGUUGUUGGAAUGGAGGGAGCAUAUGGAGUCAUCUUGAUGUCAGCUAUUGUGCUGCCUGCAAUGUAUUAUGUACCAGGGGCUGAUGUGAAUAACAGUUACGAAAACAGCCUUGAUGCCUUGUAUCAGAUUGCUAACGAACCAAGACUUCUUGUGUUCUGUCUUCUGUACUUAACAUCCAUCGCCUUUUAUAAUUAUUUUGGAUUAGCAGUGACUAGAUCUCUCACAGCUGUACACAGGACAUUGAUUGACGCCUGUAGAACCAUGCUUGUAUGGGGAGCCGAUCUGAUCAUUUACUAUGCAUUUGACAAGGACUUUGGGGAACCAUUUGAUAAACAGUUUGGACUAUUGCAAGUUGAUGGGUUCUUUUUCCUGCUGAUUGGAACAGCCCUGUAUAAUGAGUUAGUUCAUGUAGAGUGCAUCCCCUGCCUCAGGAAACCACUGAGAGAUGUAGACUUUAUGGUCAGUCCCAGCACUCCGCCUAGGGGAAACAUACAGAGUGCCGAAUUCUCCGACUCGGAUGAAAUUAAUACAUCGGAAAAGACGCCCCUGUUACAGGACUGAACAAGACAUGCAGGCAUUUAAAACUCAUACCAUCUCGCAAUCUAUGUAGUCAUAAAAUGCUCUACUUAUUUAUCCAGAAUUCUGGUUUAUAAAAUAGUUUGUCGAUAAUGAUGAAAUUCUAUUUCACUAAUAUUCAAAAGUACACAUUCCGUAUUAUUUGUCUCUUAAAGGGGCAUGGUCACGAUUUUCAUCAAAUUCUGUUUUUCUAUUUUUAUUAUUUACAAUGCUUGAGAAAUGCAUUUCUAAUGAUCAAAUGAAAUUUGAGAGCCUGUCUUUAAGUUUUAAGCAAGAUACAGAGCUCAGAAAUCUGUGUCAUGUAAACAAGGCUCAUGCCCUGUUUUUGUUUACAUAUGUUCAAUAUACUGAUUAAAAACCUUUUUCUAGCUGAUUUUUCUAUCUUCUUAUUCAUUUUAAGCAUAUGUAAACAGUUCCUAACGUUUAAAACAUUCAUUUUAGGUCUAAAUUUGAAAUUUUCACUUCAACAUUCAAAAUGUAAACAAAAGCUUUGUUUACAUGUCAAAAAAUUGUAAGCUCUGUAACUUGCUUAUAACUCAACAAAUGACACUCAAAUUUUGUUUGCCUAUUAAGAAUGCCUCACUGAAGCCUUGUAAUUAUUCAAAUAGGGAAAAUAAUUGUUGACCAAAAUCGUGACCAUGCCCCUUUAAUGUAUAUUUAUAUUUAUACAGUAAGUUAUUACCAUGAAAAAGAUAGAGUAUUUUUACAAUAUUUGUGCGACAAAUGUGCAAAAAAAGGACAAGUUAAAGUCUGGAUAUAAAGCUCAAUGGUUUGAUUAUUUUAUACAUGUAUAUCAAAUAUUAAUAUUGUGUGAUUUUGGUGCAUCGUGAGGGUAGAAGAUUUUAUGAUAGAUAAAAUAUGUUUGAAUGAAAACGUUUCGUGUUUAUAUGUGUAUAAAUAUAUAUACAUAUAUAAAUCUAUUCAAGUUUUGUCUGUGAUAUUAAUUUUCAUAUUCAAGUGGAUAAAUAUUACUGGUUAUGUAUUGUGCAUAUGUGAUACUCAGUUUCAACGCUUACAAAUAGAUUUACUAUGUGUGUCAUUUCAACACUUAUGUAUAGAUAUACUAUAUGUUUUAUUUGAACUCAGUUGUGAAGGUGAAUAUAUUGUUAAGUAUAUGGACAACAAAUCAUUAGAUAAUAUAAAGUAGUGAGAAUCAGUCUAAUGCUUGAACAAAUUUUCUGGAGAGAGAGAGAGAGAGAGAGAGAGAGAGAGAGAGAGAGCAAUGGUUGUAAUAUAUUUACUGGCAGAGAGUUUUUUGUGAAAAACCUGGUGGUUGUAAGAUACACUUUGAAAUAAAGAUAAUGGCAUAUAUUUUUGUAAAAGUUAAAGAACAUUGGUCAAGUACAUUUUCAUAUAGUGAUAAAAAUGAUGAUAUGCAUUUCUUGAUGUUGUACAUGUACAAUUUUUUUUUUAUUUUGAAUAAAAUUGUUUGCUACA